AUGUCUGAAAAGAUCGAAGCUACACCAGUAGAUAGCGCCCAUACAAAGGGCAAGCUCGAGGUUGAAGAGGCCGAGCACCACGAGCACAAGGAUGAGAUUUCGCCCGAGCUCGAGGCCCUUCUCCAGACCAACCCCAAGCACGGUUUGACAGAGGCCGAGGUCGCCGAGCGUCUCGCCAGGUUUGGUCCUAACGAGCUGGCCGAGGUCAAACGUAACCCCUUCCUUAAGUUCCUGGGCUACUUCACCGGAGCCAUUGCCUACCUGAUCGAAGUCGCCUGCAUCAUCUCUGCAGUCGUCGAGGACUGGCUUGAUUUUGGUAUCAUUGUCGCCCUGUUGCUUGUCAACGCCUGUAUCGGUUUCAUCGAAGAGUCCAAGGCUGAGUCCGCCUUGGAUGCCCUCCGUCAGACGCUUGCUUUGAAGACCCGUUGCUGGCGCGAUGGUCACCUGGUCGAGUUGGAUGUUUCUGCCCUGGUUCCUGGAGAUAUCAUUGUGUUGCGUCUCGGAGACAUUGUCCCUGCCGAUGGCCGUCUUCUCGGUAUUGGUGCCACCGGCGAGGCCACUGAGGGUGAUCUCUUGAUUGACCAGUCUGCCUUGACCGGAGAGUCGCUGCCUGUGGCCAAGAACAAGGGCAAGACCGUCUACUCAUCCUCAAUCGUCAAGCAGGGCCAGCAGAUGGCUGUUGUUACCAAGACUGGUGGCGACACCUUCAUCGGCCGCGCCGCCAACCUCAUCUCCAUCACCACCGAGGAGGGUCACUUCCAGAAGAUCAUCAACCGCAUCGGUAAUUUCUUGAUCCUCAUCACCGUCGUCCUGGUCGUUAUCAUCCUUAUCUACCAGCUGGUCCACUUCAAGGGCACCCCUGAGGGCAAGUUCAUCACCGUCCUUGGAAAGGUUCUGGUCUUGACUGUCGCUGCCAUCCCCGUCGGUCUUCCUACUGUGAUGUCCGUCACUAUGGCCGUCGGUGCCAAGCAGCUCGCUGCCAAGAAGGUCAUCGUCAAGCGUCUGACAGCCGUCGAAGAGAUGGCCUCUGUCUCUGUCCUCUGCUCCGACAAGACCGGAACCCUGACCCUCAACGAGUUGACUUUUGAUGAGCCCUACCUGACCAACAACUACACCUCGGACGACAUUCUUCUGUACUCGUACCUCGCUGCCGAGGCCGGUGCCAACGACCCCAUCGAGUUUGCUGUCCGUACCGCUGCCGAGGAGCAGCUCGAGAUCCUCCAGAACCGCACCCACAAGCACGAUGUUCCCGGCUACAAGGUCACUUCCUUCCUGCCCUUCAACCCUUCGACGAAGCUGACCCAGGCCACCAUCACCCAGCUCGAGACCGGUUCUUCCUUCAAGGUCGCCAAGGGUGCCCCCCAGGUUAUUAUCCGUCUUGUUGGUGGUGACGAUGAUGCCGUCCGUGCUGUUAACUCCCUUGCCAAGCGCGGUCUCCGUGCCCUGGGUGUCGCUCGCACUGUCGAGGGCAACAUGGACCAAUGGGAGUUGAUCGGUAUGAUCGCCUUGAUCGACCCUCCUCGCCCUGACUCUGCCGAGACCAUCCGCCGCUGCAAUGCCAUGGGAGUCUCUGUCAAGAUGAUUACCGGAGACCAGCUUAUCAUUGCCAAGGAGGUCGCCCACCGUCUCGGUAUGCAGCGUGUCAUGUUGGAUGCUGGCCACUUGGUUGACUCGGACAAAUCUGAGGACGAGAUCACCGAGCACGUCAUCCGCGCCGACGGUUUCGCCCAGGUCAUCCCCGAGCACAAGUACCGUGUCGUUGAGCUGCUCCAGAAGCGUGGUAUCCUUGUCGGUAUGACCGGUGAUGGUGUCAACGAUGCUCCCGCUCUCAAGAAGGCCAACGUCGGUAUUGCUGUCCACGGAUGCACAGAUGCUGCGCGUUCUGCUGCCGAUAUUGUCUUGCUCGCCCCCGGUCUGUCGACCAUUGUCGAUGGUUUGACUACCUCCCGUGCCAUCUUCCAGCGCAUGCGUUCCUAUGCCCUGUACCGAAUCACCUCGACUGUCCACUUUUUGAUGUUCUUCUUUGUCGUCGUCAUGGCCUAUGACUGGUCUCUCCCCGCCCACUUGCUUAUUCUGAUUUGCAUCUUGAACGAUCUCGCCACUCUUGUUAUCUCUGUCGACAACGCCCAGAUCUCGGCACACCCGGACAAGUGGAGAAUUGGCCAGUUGAUUACAAUGUCGAUUGUGUUGGGACUUUGCUUGACUGCAUUGUCGUUUGCCCAUUUCUUCAUCUUCUGGAAGCAUUUCGGGUACCAGCCUGUCAAUGGUGACAACUAUCCCGAUUCUGAGCGCCGCCUCGAGUCGAUCAUGUACCUUCACAUCUCGUCUGCACCCCACUUUGUGAUCUUCUCGACCCGCCUGACUGGCUACUUCUGGGAGAACUUGCCCUCGCCCUUGUUUGCUGUCGUGAUUAUUGGCACGCAGAUCAUUGCGCUGUUGAUGGUUAUCUUUGGUGGUCUGACUCCCAAAGUCCCCGCUGGAGAGGCGAUUGUUGUGCUCUGCAUCUCGUUCCUUUACUUUGUUUUGCUGGACCAAGUCAAGGUGUGGUUGUUCAAGAGCUGGAGCUUUGAGAUGACGGCUACCUUUGUGCCAACGAGCGGCCGCCGUCAAAAGCUGGCUGCCAGAAAGGCUGCCAAGAUCCAGCAGGAUCGUGUCUGGGAGAGUAUCGACGCGGUGAGAAAGAUCGCGGUCAUGACGGCUGUUGUCUCGAGCUUCCAGGAGAAGGAGCAGCACCAUGAGAAGCAGCACCAUGAUGUUGCCGGUCCCUCGACCACCGUCGAGGUCAAGUAA